UUUUUUUUCAGUCGAAGCACAAGAGAGCCAAGCCGGGAUCGCUGACUCCGCACACGUAGCGUACGCAGAAGCUUUUUUUCGACGUCCGCCUAUUUGGUCAAAGAUUUUGUGUUUAAGUGAAGCUUUGCGCUUUGUGAAAGUGUGAAACAAUAGUGCACGAAGAUAAAGCGGCCAACACACAAAUCAACGUUUUCUUUAUUUGUUCACGAACCGCACAUUAAAAAGUGAAAAAUCAUGGCUGAUAACCCAUCCAGAAUGAAGGCUGACAACAAAAAGAAAUUGAAUGUUGGCAAUCUGCCAGCCGACACCACCGAGGAGGAACUGCGGGAGCUUUUUGCGGACCAUCCGGUUGAAAGUGUGGAAAUUUUCCACUACAAACAGUACACCUUAGCCCUGUUGCUCUUCAAAGAUAAGGAGACGGCAACGAAGGCUCUCAAGGAGAAAGAAAACUCUGUCUUCCGCGGACGUCGGCUGCGUAUGCACCUUGAGUUCAUCGUCAUUUGUCACAUGAAGAAGGAUGUCUUCGUGCAUGUUGUUGACAAUGAGAAUGUAACGGAGGAGGACGUGCAUGAGAAGUUUAAAGAUCUGGCCAAGGUCCAGUCGGUGGUUUUGUUCCAUCCGCUUGCCUACGUGACUUGCACCAGUCCGGAGGACAAGGAGGAAGCAAUGAAGAAGAUCGCUGAAGCGGGCAUUACCGUGUACGAUUGUAACGGGCACGAUCAGAACCAGCACAUUGAUGUGUUGCGGGCUGCCAAGCUGUUCUUCCGCAAUUUGAACCGCGUCCAGAUGUACAACAUUCCCGAGAGCUGGAUCGGCUCCCAGGACGAGCUGAAAAAGGCCGUCGAAAGCUCCGGCACCGUGACCGAGGUGCGUGUCACGACCGGUAACUUUGGGCCGGCUGCGCAAGUUUUCUACGAGACGGCCGAAGAGGCCAAGGCUGCUGCUGAUAAGUUGAACCAGCAGCUUUUCGAGGGUAAGCGUGUCCACGCGCAUCACGUGAUUGCCACGAUGAUACCAAAUUUCAAGACAAGCGUGUACGUGGAAAAUUUGGACAAAUCGAUCACGGAGGAGAUGCUGUACGCACACUUUGAGCAGUACGGCACGAUCGACUUUGUUAAUCGGCGCAAGUUUGGCGACGAGCAUGGUAUGGUGUGCUUCAAGGAUGCCAGCUCUAUUGAACAGGCGCUCGAAUGUACCAGCAUGUCGGUACCGAAGAAGGACGAGGAAGGUGCCACAGAGGACAAGACCCUCGCCGUCAAGCGAUACGAUGGUCCAUUGGUUUUGGAUAUUAAGCUGCCAGCAAUGAAGAAAGGCGUCUCCAGUGAGGAGGGCGAGGAGCAGAAACAGCGUCCACCGCCACAGCCCCUAGCGAAGCUUUGGCCAAUCUACGUUGCGAACCUCCCCUACAAGGCGGAUAAACGCGAAAUCAAACAGUAUUUCUCCAGCUACGGUGGACACAUUAAGUUUAUCUUCUCGCCGAACAUUCCUUCGUACAAGCAGAGCCAAACGUCCAUGGUGAUGGCGGCGCUGAUUUACUUCGCACGCCGCGAACAGGCAAACGAAGCGAUCAAGGCAUUCAACGGGAAGCACUUCCAGAGCAAGUGUUUGCACGUAUUUCCGGGCCGUAAGGACACAUACUUUGAUACGGAAAAAUCGAUCAAGGUUGUGCGGCUAAAUUUGGCCGUUACGGAGGAGAAGCUGUUUGAGAAAUUCCGCAAGUUUGGCUUCAUCGAGUGCGUUGUGAAGAAAGAUCGCACCACCGCGUACAUCGAGUUCCGCGAUAAGGAAAUUGCCGAGAAGGUGCUGAAGCUGGACGAGAAACAGCGACCGGUGCGAUGCAAUGUUGAGCCGGUGACCGGUAAAAUUAACAAGAAGAUUUUCAAGGAGAACGACGAGAAGAUUUCUCUUGCCAUGCAGGAAAUUAUCGACAAGAAUCCGGCCGUACUGGAGAACGUUUCGUCGGAUCGUUCUAGCGGUCCGCCACCAUUGAAGCGUAGCCGGUUCAGCGGGCCAGCCAACUUUGGCAUGCAAGGACCGCGCAAUCAGUUCAAUCCGAACAAUGGUGGCGAUUUUAGUAACCCGCAGGUCAUUCAGGAUCUGCUCCGGUUGGCGUUCAUCUCCGGUAAAAAUCUUGGCGAAGGUCUAGCCAUCAGUGGCAACAGCAAUCCUUUCAACAGUGGCGACCCACCGCUACCAAACCUGAACCUAACCAAUGGGUUCGGUGGUGGAAACCAGCGCAACAGUUUCAACAAUUCCAACAAUGGCAACUUUGGUGGCAGUUCAAACAACGCUGGCGGUAAUAUGGGUGGCGGCAAUCGUAAUAACAUGGGCGGUGGAGGUGGCGUCAAUCGCAACUUUGGCCAAAAUGUGGGUGGUGGCGGUGGCGCUAUGGGCAGUGGCGGCUAUCGUCUCAACAUGGGCGGCAACUUUGGUGGCAAACGCUUCAAUGGUGGGUCCCAGCAAACGAACCGCAUGGGACAGAACAAUCGCCAAGGCGGCGGAAAUCAAAACCGACGUUUCUAAACUCUCCCAUACAAAAAGGACCAUCGUACUGCUAGUAUCCUGCUCUUUGGACAACGGAACACGAGACACGUGAUUUCUACGUUGGUCACAUUUUUGACAUUUGCAUCUUCUACAAAAUGUCUGACAUCAUUUUACCCUUUCGGCAGCGUUUAAUGGGGCACUGCGUGUAUGCGUAACCAGAGCCAUAUUUUAAACGAAGACGAUGAUUGAUGUUCACGAUGGUUGGCUGCAUAAUUGUACGAAACUAUUUCUUGUAUGUAGUAUAAUAUCGUUUACUAAACCGAUCUUGUACAGAUCGAGCUUGCGUACACUACACGUAGUAUCCUUACCACACAUCUGGUGGUAUAAAUUUUGAAACAAACAACUGAUUCCUGAUCGCAUCGAAGGAUCGAUUUUUGCUAGUUGUGGGAAAUUUGAUUUAGGCUACAUUUACUCGCUAUAAUAAUUUUUAUGCAAUAGAUGAAAAAGUAUUAAGGCAGCGGCUUGUUUGCAAAUAUUUCUAAACAGAAGCAAAGUUUCGGAAACAAUAGCCCACAUUUAAUUUGUGUAUAAUUGGAUUUGUUUUAACUUUUUUUUCACUUCCUGCAAUUAGGGUCUUUGGAAGAACGAUUCUUUUAUUGGUUUACUAUUGUAGGUAAAGGCCGGUUUAAUAGAAUUGUACUAAAAUGGCUUGGCCAAACACGCCUCGCCCGUACCCAAGGAUUGACUAUAGCGCUACGUGGUAAAUCAUAAGUCUCAAAUGAACCUAAAUGUUGGUAGAUAUCUGGCCCAGUAAAGGUCGUUACGUCGAAUAAGAGAAACAUGCUACCAGAGCACCCCAAAAUUGUUUUAUAUAACUUUUUUAGGGAAAACAGAGGCGGUCCGGUGGUGUAUUGAUAGUGGCGCCGGACACGACCGGACCGGUCCAAAAUCCCAUCCGGACCAAUCCUCCGUACGCAAGACUGACUGUUCGGUCAAAGAAAGCCAGAAAUGGCAGGUCUAACCUCUUGAGGUUGUUGUGCCGAAUAGGAAGGAACGAUCUUCUUUUAAGCAUAAAGCUAGAAUCUAGCGCAAAUAAAUUUGUAUUGUGCGUGUA